AUGUUGAGACGUCUCAAAACUCGUUCGCUUCCUCCCGCUCUCUUGCCGUCUCUCCCCGUUCCCUUCUCCCCUUCCCACACCCUCCCCCGCCGUCUCCGCCCUCCCCGGCUCUUCCCCAUCCUCCCCCCCCGAACCCUCUUGGUCCGCCCACUUCCCCCGUCCCGUCCUCCCCCUGUCCUGUCUUUCCCCUCCCACAUCGUCCCCAUCCCUCGUCACCCCCUCCCCCUUCAUCCCGCCCUCCCCCCUCCGCCCCUCCCCUCCCCACUCCCCCCCGUAUUCCGCCUGCCGCUCUUCCCCUUACCCCGUGUCCUCCCGCCCCCAUCAAAGCUUUCCCAUCUCCUCAUCUUUCCUCUCCCCCAAUCUCCCCCUUGGCGCCUUCUCCAUCUUUCCCCCAUCCCCCUGGCGCAACAGGCGGAGGAUGCGGAACCCAUUCGCAACGGCGAGUCGCUCAUGGACCCGCCCUGCCUACACCGCAUCUCGCGCCCAUCCCACGGCGCCGCGCAUUCCUCCGGCGGCGCCACGCGUCCGUCGCUCACUGGCUCUCGCCCGGCAAGCGCGCCGAUUCGAACCGACCGACCUGAGGCGCAACCGACGGCGCGUAUGCCGCCCGCGAAUCACGGCGACGAGCGGAAAGAAACGCGCCACGUGGCUUCAGCCGGCCACCACCCGCAUCCGACGCGGUCGCGCUCCUACGUAUCGUCUCCCGCGGAGCUAGAAGACGCGGUUCCUCCGCUUGAUGCGCCGCGAGAUGCAGAGCGGCGGAGAAGCUUUGACGGGUCGGAGUCGGAAAGGGCCAGCCUUAUGCGCGAUGCAUGGCUGCCGGCCCGUUUGAUGGCAGCUGUGCAGCGAUCAGAUACGCUGGUUGUGAUUGCUCUGCGGGAGUCGAUCGUGUUUCUUGCCCUCAUCGCCCUCUUUGCUGUCACACCUAACGUCUGCCGAGCCCUCAACUGGCUGUGGGCCUCCUUUAUCAUGCGAGACGGUCAAGUCACAGAGGAAUGCUUUCAGGACUCCGUGUUUGGCGCUCUCGUGCUCCCCCUGCAGUUUGUUGCAGCCGCUUUCUUCCUCACCAGACAUAUGCGCCUUCUCCUGCCUCUAGCCAAGCUCCACCUGAGCCCGUUCCUCCUGCGGAGGUUCAGAAUGGUUUCAGUGGUGGUGGCGGUGACGUGCUUUGCAGUGGGGUGGAAGGACAGAGUCAUGCGGAUGGUGCUGCAGAGGCACCCGGCUGAAAAGCCCAUCUUGCUCAACGCGAGCCGUUUCCUCUCGCUGCUCAUCCAUCUUGUGGGAGUGGGCACGGUGCUGGACCUAUUCGGUGUCUCCCUCCUCUCCCUGGUGGCUGUGGGCGGCAUCUCAGGUGUCGCGAUGGGAUUCGCUUCCAAGGAAAUAGUCGCUAAUUUCUUCGGCGGGCUAGUGCUGGUGAUCUCACAGCCAUUCGUGGUGGGAGAGCGCAUUCAAGCAGGGGCCAUAUCGGGGCGCGUGGAGGAGAUUGGGUUUCUGCACACCAAGCUGGCUGGAGCAAACAAGGCGCCAGUUGUGGUGCCAAAUCAAAUCUUCAACACUGCAGUGAUCACCAACUUCUCCCGUGCUCGGUGCUACCCUGUAGCCGUCACAUUCGAGCUCAGAAUAGAGGAUAUCGAGCGAGUGCAAGCCAUCACGUCUCGCAUCACCCGCAUGCUCAGGUCGCAUGCUGACGUGGACCAAUCACAGGGCCCCGCGCAUGCAGUGCUGAAGGACCUCAAUGGGGCCAGUCUGCAUGUGGGCAUGCUGGCUUCGCUAAACCCUCAGGUGAGAUUUCAGGUGAUUCCAGGCAAUUCCGCUCAACCUCCCGCAACCACUGGCGCGCACCAGUUCCCCGCGGCUACCAUUCCGCAGUAUACGCCGUCCCCCGUGUCGCCCUACCGCCAAUGCCAUUCCGCGCCUAUCCGCGGAGCGUCCCCCUACCAUUUUUCCGCCGUCGUACCCGUCAGCCCCUCCCCCCCGCCUGCUCAGUUCCCCGGAAGCAGAGCCACUCCACCCCCCGCCUCCUCCUUCCCCCCGUCCCCUUCCGCCAACCCUAAUAAUGGCUCCGCCGCCUCCCCUUCCGCCAGCCCCAGUCUUCGCGCAAAUGCCUUCUACGACUCCGCAUAUCAUGCUUCCGCUUCCACCACUACUUCAUCAGCGGAACCGCUUCCCCCCGCCAUAAUUUCCGCGGUGUCUUCCGCCAACCAGUCCGCGGGCAGCUCCGCGGGGUCUUCCGCUAGCCAGUCCGCGGGCAGCUCCGCGGGGUCUUCCGCCAGCCAGUCCGCGGGCAGCUCCGCGGGGUCUUCCGCCAGCCAGUCCGCGGGCAGCUCCGCGGGGUCUUCCGCCAGCCAGUCCGCGGGCAGCUCCGCGGGGUCCUCUCGCGGGGGGAACUCCUCCGCUUCCCCCUCCGCCGUCCCUGUGCUCCGCGAGUUCAGCUUCGCGGAUCUGCACAUGGCGACGGGGGGGUUUUCGCGCGCCAUAGGGGAGGGGGGGUUCGGAAAGGUGUACCAAGGGCGGAUGGUGCUGCCUGCGGGCACUAGCAGCGGCAUUGGCGGAAGCAGCGCCGCUGGCGGGAGUUACGCCAUGGGCGGAAGCAGCAGAGCUGUUAUGGGCGCAAUGAGGGAAUGUGACGUGGCAGUGAAAGUGAUGAAUGGAAAGAGUGCUACUCGUGACUUGACGAGCUUCAAGGCUGAGGUGGAAGCCAUGUCAGCGGUGAAUCAUCCCAACAUUCUGAGGCUGGAAGGCGUGGCACUAAACACAUCCCAGGGGCCGAUGCUCGUGUAUGAGCUCAUCCCUGGAGGCGAUGUUAAGAACUUGCUCAAACAAGUCCACAGAAGUGGUCUUUACUUCCCAUGGAGGCAUCGCAUGAAGGUGGCACUGGGCUGUGCCGAGGCGCUAGCCGCCAUUCACGAGCACAAGUUCGUUCACCGCGAUUUCAAGUCGUCGAAUGUGCUUCUGCGAGAG